AUCAGAGGUAUAUAUGACUACAUAAUUCACAAUCGAGCUCACCUUUCCUCUGUUAUCACUCACCUCCCAUCACUGAACCCAAGCUCUGAACCCCUAACACCAGGGCGGACGCUAGCAGCUUUUCAACGUUCACGCGCCUUUUGCUCACAACUCUCGAUGCUUUCUUCCAAUCUCUGGACAAAACACGAGCUUCAUUCUCGAUCUCGAGAGCUUGCUUGCGCUUCUUUGAAAAGCCGACUUUAAAUCAUGGCUUCUCCAAUGGGUCCCCCACAGCCAGCUGGCUACAGUCUGCGAGUCCAGCUUUUUGGACCGACGGCCUACGAUGUGAGCGACAAGCCAAUUCGCUGUUUCCGCGUCGUCGCGUCUCCCGAGAAUACGGUUGAAGAGUUCUGUGUGGAAGCUUCAAGGAUCCAUCAGAUCAACUAUGGAACACCUCUCGCACUUAAGAAGGUUCAAGAUGACCAGCAGUUCGACAUCACCCAGAGCGAGAUUUUGGGAAGUCUCUUCGCUACAGCUUCUACAAUUCGAUUUGUCCAAGCUUCUUCGAUCCCUGGCAGGGAAGAUUCUGUUGCGCCAAAUUCCGCGCUCCGAUUCGAUCCAUCUGUGAGCCGCAAACGCGAGAGAGAAGGAAGCGCAAGGGUGAACGGAUCUACGUCAGCCAAUACCUGGAAGUCGAAUAAACGUCAGAGAGUGGCAGAUCCGGACGAGCCAUUGCCAUCUCGAGAGAGUGAGGUGGGAGCCAGAGAGACUUCAAGGACGAAUGGUCUUAUCUCAGAGACAAAUAUCAUACCAAACUCUCAAGAGAGCAUCGUUCUGGGCAAUCCAAACGGGCCGUUCCAUAACUCGCGACAUCACAAUCUCGAUGAAGACUUCAAUAUCCAGUCGCAGAGACACCAAUCGAGUCCUCUGGGCGAAGCCUCGGCUCGAGCGCAAUCACAAGGGUCGAAUCCAAGAGCGAAGAGCGCCAGCUACCAUAUACAGCGAGCCACAGAACGUGGAACAUCGGUGUCGACCGCAGCUACGAGCCCAUUGUCAGUCGAUCAACGUCUCAUGCAGAAUGGAGCUGCUCCGGUCAGCCAGCGUAGAAGGCCAGAAUCUCGGUCUGCCGAACGGGAGCGGAAUGGAAGGCCGAGUAUGGCGCAAGAUGAAACCAGUAUAUAUGAGAACAUUGCGUCAGAUGAUGAAGAGUUUGGUCUCGCGAGUAUUGCGAAGGGAAGGAAGGCGUCCUUGAAGGCUAGGAACAGCACUUCUGGUCUACCAGGAUUGGAAUGGUCGAAAAACAAGUUCAACACCCCGCCCACCGGAAGCCGACGAAGUUCUGGUUCUAAAGAACAGCCCACUCCUGGCGAAUUACCUCUCACACCAAACAGCAAGGAACGAGAAGCCAGGCAAAAGCAAAAGCAGGAAGCAGAAGAGGCAAGGAAGACCAGGCUUGCUGCUGCAGAAGCUCGUCAAGCUGAGGAAACCCUCAAAGCUGAGGCAAAGAGGGCUGAACUUGAGGAACAAGAGCGGAUUCAAGUCGAGGACUUCAAGCAUGGAGAAGCUGAACGUAAGGCAGCCAUCGCUAGGUCUGCCCGACUCGAGAAAGAACGCGAAGAGAGGGAGAAGAGGGAAGCUGACGAGGAAAGACUUCGUGAGGAAGGUCGGAUUGCCAAGGAGAAGGCUGAGGAAGAGAGGCGUGUCAAAGAGGAUCGUCUGGCUCGAGAAAAAGCUGCUGCUGAUGAGGCCGAUAGAUUGCGCAAGGAGGAAGAGCAGGCGGCGGUCGCGGCUCUGAAAGGGAAGAAGACAUUAAACCCGGAUGAGUCCCGACAUACCAAAUCUUCUUCUCCAAUCCUUCCUAAGCCCAGAGGAGGAACACCUUCAUCUUCUUCCAAGGUCCAGUCUUCAACUCCCUUCAUCCCAGGGCAAAGAAAAUCGGCUCUUAAGCGCACAGCUUCAUCUCAGGCUAUGAGGAGUUCGUCCCCAACAGGCUCGAAAGCGUCGACAGAUGAUUCCUCAACCGGAGUCGGCAUUGAGAACCAGAUGCCAUUUCCAAAAGUGCACGGCCGACGCGUAUCCUUCCGCGAUGAACCCGAAGACAAUGUUACUCCUAUCAGACCCCCAAGCCGAAUUCUACCACCGAAGUUUGGCACGCCAAACUCAAAGCUUAAUGGCUCUACACCAAAGCCUUCGCCUAAUAUUCCAACGCCAAACAGCUCGACACCUAAGCCACCAGGCUUGGCGACCAGAGAUGUCAUUGCUCCCAGUUCGACACCAAGGUCUUCACAGGGCACGAUUCUGCCACCUCCGAGAUCAAACACACCCAUUCUUCCACCUGGCCGCUCGAUUGGACGAUCCAGCCUUGGUCGAAGUAUCACGCCAGUCGGGCCGAAAGCUGCUCCAGCUACGAAAGAAUCAACUCCCGAUGUAGCGAAGAGGAUCUCAUCAGCUGAAAAAGACCCAAGUCCUGAAGUCACCAGAAGAACAUCUUCUAUUCCCGCUCCUCCAAGGCGCAAGAGCAUCACUCCAGUUCCAGCAGCCAAAGAGAAAUCUAAGUCUGCAGAGCCGGAACCAAAGCAGCCUACUGAGGUUGAAAUUUCUUCAGACGAUUCCGAAGAAGACAUACCUAGUAGGCCGACACCUAAAAAGCAGCCACUUGGCCUUAGGUCUCCAGAGAAACCUAAGACAGCUGAAACACUGGCCACCGAGGAAGGUUUAUCAGAUGAUGAGGAUGUCGAAACAGACAGGGCGGUGGACGAGGACGAAACUCAGAGCCACAACUCUUCUCUUCGCGAUAGUCGCUCACCCGUGAUCUUCAGUCAGCAUCCGAAAUCCACCGAUACUAUCAAAGCUCGCAACUCCCAGCCGCUUGAGUCAGAUAGUGACUCUGCAUCUGAAGCUAAUGGUGACGACGACGAGGACCAGGAUGAAGAAGAUUCGGAGGUGGAGGACGAGCCCAGAUCAACGCCAAGAAAUAAGUUUGUAGAUGAUGAGGCUGAAGACGGAGAGUCAAUUUCAGGCUCCGAAGAUGAUGAAGACGCCGAAGAAGUGGAUGAGGAUGCUGAUGAUGACGAAGCUGAAGUCGAUGUGCCGAACUCAAGUCCACCAGUUUUGCCAGCGCACAAGCCUCAGGUCAGCCCUAAACCCGCGGGAAUAAACUCAACUCACUCAACCAUACCACCAUCCAGUGCACUCGUCUACCCACCAACGUCUAGCGCUGCACCAAGGCCAGCGAUGAAGGUCGGCGUGAGUUUGAGCAGCCUAAGCAAGAGCAAAUCGAUGCUUGCGACUUCUUCGUCGAUCAAACCAGUUGUGGGCCGAAGUGGGCAGCGGACUUUGCAAACCAUGUACGACGAGGAGAGUGAAGAAAGUGAGGAGGAAAGCGACGAGGAUUCCUCUGAUGUCUCCGAAUUCGAAGCUCCAAAGCCAAGCCAGAAAGCAAAGUCGGCCACUCGUCGAGACUCUUCCUCAGACUCCGAUUCAAGCGGGAAUUCGGACUCUGAUUCGGAAGGUGAAAAGGCACGGAAGAAGAUCCGCGAUGAACUGGCCCUUCAGAUCGCGGGAGUGAAGGGAGAUGAGAAUCUGAACCUGUUGAGCCCUAGGUUGUACAAGACCAGUACACAGCAACAAGAGACGAGCAAGGAACGUAAAAAGAAGGCUGAGAAGAAGACUGAUAAGUACGUGUCCGGGUAUCGUUUCAACACUGGCUCUUGA